ACAAAACGCGCGAGAUUCAGAUACUGGAGAUGAGAGAAUUUGCAUUACUUCUUCAUUGAUACUUAAUAUCAUUCUACUUGUGGACGCAAAGUUCAUGAUAACAAAAGAAUGACGGUCCUUUAUAAUAGUGAUUGGAUCCCUGCACCGAAAGCUUAAACGUGAACUGAUCAUAGUCAUACGGUUUACCGUUACUUGAACUCUGUUAAUGCGUGAUUUGAGUAACAGCUGACAGUAACUACAUCACUGUAGCGUACACAUAAAGUUCAGAUUCAAUCAUGGCUGUCCAACAAUCACAAACCCAGAACAGUGAUGCAAUGGAAAAGUUCUGUUCUAUGCUCCAACCUAUCAGAGACCUCACCAAGAAUUGGGAUGUAGACAUUGCCAGAAACCUAGGGGAUUACUUGGAAGAGCUGGAACACAUCACAGUAGCCUUUGAUGGAGGACUUGUUACUAUGAAUUUUGCUGAGGCUGCCAUGGUCAUCCAGGGUUCUGCCUGCGUUUACAGUAAAAAGGUGGAAUAUCUGUACACUUUGGUACACCAGGUUCUCGACAUUGUUGCCAAUAAAAAAAAACAGGCUAAAGCCUCCUCAGUUGAUAAUGAUGGAAAUGAUGAGGAUGCAAAUUUUAAUGAUGGAACUGUUGAGUUUCUCAGUCUGGAUGACAUCCAAGAUCAUAACAACAUCUGGAUCAAGGAGGACAACUACGGAUGCAAGGUUGUCCAGGCCAUGCCCCACAUGCCCCACUGUCUGAUUCCCCUGGAGGAUGGCGAGAAUGGAGACAACCCACUCCUUAGUAAAACAGGUGAAGUCCUGGCCAGUCGGAAUGACUUCAGGAUGAACACGAGUUCUGUCCACCAGUCAGGGAUAUUGUUGCUGGACAUGUACCACUACACUCUUAUUGACAAUUCCAUCAACAUGGCGACCAUGUCAAUCCAAGGUCAAAGUCAAUGUUUGAAUUCAGAUAUCUCACAAGAGAAAGGCGUGGCUGAAGAUGUUCCCAUGGAGGAUCCAGUUGAAGAUGACAACAAUGAACCGAUGUUUGAUAUGGCUGAUGAUGAAGUGGAUGGAGCCCCACCAGUAAGGGAUGUGUCUCCUACAGAAGCCCCGGAGGCAGAACCUGAGGAGAUACGGAGAUCAGAAAGACAGGCCAAGAUGGUACGGACUGUGCCACCUAAACCAAAUGUGGAUGUAUGGGACCUGCUUGACCAACAUGAAGCCAUCACACAAACAGAAAAGGCGUUCAAGAAAAGUAAAACAUUCAAAAUUCCAAAAUGUAUACAAGAUGUUGCUUCAAAGAAAAGAAAAAGAAAGACACCCCUGAAAAAUAACAGACUUCAGCCUCUGUCAGAGUUCAUUACAGGAACAUUUUCACACAAAAGCAAGUUUCCCAAGAACCCGAGAAAGGUACCUGUGCUUGUCGAAUUUGAGCAGCAGUACUGGAUUGAAUACAAGAGGAGACAAUCUCUUUUGAGAGAACAGAGGAAAUCUAUGAGCCGUGAGGUGUUGGAGGAGGAUGAAGAGGCUGAGGAGGUGAACCAGAACGACCAGCCUGACAACGUUGAUAUGGGGAUAGAUGCAUUAGAUGAUGGCGAUGACAUAGACAAUGAUGCCCCAUUGGUAGAUGAAAACCUAUUUAAUGCCAUUGAAUCAGCCUUCUCAGAUCACCCAUUCAAUGCAGCAUCACCUAGCCAAUCAGAACCUGGUGGAUUUCAAAUUGGAGAAAUUGUUACUGAUUAUGAAGAGCUUGUCAGACAACAUGUGGAACAAUACAUGGCUAGUGCUCAGGAAUAUGCUCAGAUAACAGAGCUGUCACAACGUGUGGCAGAGUGGGAGGAUAAGGUGAUACCCAAACUGGAAGAGGAGGAGAACCACGAACCUUUUGACAUCAACAAGUAUGGAACAAAGGUGUUGAAUAAUCUUAGUCAAGACAAGACCGUUCCAUUUAAAUGUGUUGCCAAUGGCAAGCCGCCGUUUGAAAUAUGUAGAUUAUUUCUGUCAUCUUUAAUGUUGGCAAAUACAGAAAAUGUGAAAAUUGUUCAGAAAGGACAUUUGGAAGAAGGUAUAGACAUGUUUGAGAUGAAACUAUUAUCUACCACACGGAUGUUUGAGAAACUAGAGGAAUACCAGGCACCAUCCCUAGUCUCUUGACCCCUGGUGAAAUUUUACUCUUCACAAAGGUUAUACAAGGCUGUGACAUUUUAAAGAUUUUAAAGGACUGUAAAUUAGUUAUCAUCAAAUAAUGCCUAUUUUUAUAUGGGAAAAUAUGUGUAGGCUUCAGGUAACACUCAACAGAGUCACCUACCUGGAGAUUUAUGGUUUGUCAAAGGCUUACCUUAUACAUUAUAUCAGCUAUCAAUAAAACUGUCAGGAUUGUAGUGUCCAUGCUAAAUUCAUGUUUUAGACCUCAAACUGUAGUGAUAGCCCUUCAUUAAAUGUGUAUAAUAUUGUGUGAGACUUGAGUGAUCACCUACAGUCACAAGAGCUUCCAUAUCUCCAUGGGAUGGCCGAGUGUUUGAUAUGAAAAUCAAGCCUCAAACAACCCUCUAUACAGAGUUAUGCCCCUUUGGUUAUAUUAGAUUUUUAGUUUGCUUGUAAUAUUUGCUUUCUAAGUAUAGUCAGGCUUCAAAUUCCAACAUAUUUUUAGAGCAGUUGGAAAACUUCAUUCACUGGGGAAAGUUUAAAGUUGGAAGGUCAAAUUUUCCUAGAAUAAAUAAAAACUAUGAUUCAUAUAGG